ACGGUUUCUUUGUGAUUGACUCACCCAAGAUGGUGUUUCCUUCUUAUCCUAUUUGUUUUUUUAAAUUCAAAUGAGGUGGGUCCCGCAUAAAGGAGGGACCACACCAACAAUAACCAAAAAAAAAAAAAGAAAAUGCUACAGGAAGUGAAAGUAAGGAAAACAAUAUCUGAACAUAAGAUUAGACAGGGAAUAACAAAAUUUAUGAUAUAUACUUUGAAUUGCUAAGAUUAGUAGCUAAGAUUGUUGAUUUGGAAUCAUUUGAAAUUGAAUGCAACCAAACCAUAGAUUGACUCUUUCACGUUGAGCUUUGGAUGGAGCUGACCAAGCUGGUUAACUGAUCCAUAGAUCAUGAUUUACACAUUUUGAACAUGAGCUUUUGUCGAGUUUUUUUACCAGUAAUUUAAAACUAUAACAAUUCUUAUCAUAAUUUUUCUAUAUCCUUUCUUUUUUCUUUCCCUCCAAUUGAUGCCUUGAACAAGUAGAAACUGCCAACUUGAAUCGGUAAUGCUUCCUUUUUUAGCAUGGUUUUUUCCAGAUAUAAUAUAAUUUGAUGUUUAGAUUGCCUCAAAUACUACUGGAUAUGGUUUAUAUUGUCACCGCAAUACCUUAUUCAACGUGGAAGAGUGUUUUGCUUGGCAUCAGGUUUGCAGAAGUGGCUAGGCUUCAAUUUGUUUGUUGGUUUGAUAUAGGCGGCAGGAUUGACUGUCGACUACUCUCUCCUAGAACAACCUAUGCUGCUUAUCUCGUCUUCAAAUUGGACUCCUGGUCAUCUGGACUUGGUCCGCCUCCCCACUUGGCAUCAGUGAAGCUAGGAGCUUAUGCCUCGGAGUUCAAUAUCUGUUUGGAAGAUCAUGAUGACAGAGAUGAGGAGGAGGAGGAGGAGGAGGAAGGUCGGCGGCAACGGCAGCGGCGGCGCUUGAGGGAUGAUGGGUGGAUGGAGAUCGAGUUAGGGGUGUUUUAUAACGAUGAAGGGGACGACGGUGAUGUUGAAAUGAGUUUGAUGGAGGUGAAAGCGUUGAAUUCGAAGCAUGGGCUUAUCGUCCAGGGCCUCGAAGUAAGGCCCAAAAUUUGACUUAAUUAGAUGCUGUUGUGAUUGUUUCUACUGCUUCAUACUCUGAAAAAAAACUAUUUCUUGUUGCUUCA